CACACAUGCUCACUCUCUAACACGCGUGUCAGGAGGCCAACCGAAGCACAUGGACACGACAGUGGAACCCAAGAGUCAUGAUGUUCUGGAAGUCCCAGAGGGGUGGGGUCAGCAGACAGACAGGGUUAAGGAGACAAUCGGAGAGAGGAAGGCCCUGGACAUGAUCUACACUAUUGAGGAUGUCCCGCCCUGGUAUCUCUGUGUACUACUGGGCCUCCAGCACUACCUGACGUGUUUCAGCGGGACCAUCGCGGUGCCCUUCCUCCUGGCGGAAGCCAUGUGUGUGGGUCAGGACCAGCACGCAGUCAGCCAGCUGGUGGGAACCAUCUUCACCUGUGUGGGCAUCACCACUCUCAUACAGACCACCUUCGGAAUCAGACUGCCUCUGUUCCAGGCCAGUGCGUUUGCGUUUCUCGUCCCAGCUCAGGCCAUCCUGGGGCUGGAGCGCUGGAAGUGCCCCCCUGAUGAGGAGAUUUAUGGGAACUGGAGUCUUCCCCUGAACACCUCCCAUAUAUGGAACCCCAGGAUCAGAGAGAUCCAGGGGGCCAUCAUCGUGUCCAGCCUGGUGGAGGUGCUGAUGGGAUUGGCUGGACUCCCAGGCCUGCUGCUGGACUACAUCGGCCCGCUCACCGUCACUCCCACCGUGUCCCUCAUUGGCCUGUCUGUUAUCACCACCGCUGGAGACCGGGCCGGCUCCCACUGGGGGCUGUCUGCACUGUGUAUCUUCCUCAUUGUUCUGUUUUCCCAGUACCUAAGGAACUGGCCCCUCCCCCUGCCCACCUACACCAGGAAGAAGGGCUUCUCAACCACCAAGGUCCACAUCUUCAAGAUGUUUCCUAUUAUCAUGGCGAUCAUGUUGGUGUGGCUGGUGUGCUACAUCCUCACCCUUACUGAUGUGUUGCCUAGCGACCCUAGUCGCUAUGGAUACAAAGCUCGCACAGAUGCCCGCGGUGACAUCAUGACCUUGUCACCAUGGUUCCGGGUCCCCUACCCCUGCCAGUGGGGGUUGCCGACAGUGACUGUUGCCGGGGUGCUGGGAAUGUUCAGUGCUACCCUGGCGGGCAUCGUGGAGUCGAUUGGAGAUUACUAUGCCUGUGCCCGCCUCUCGGGGGCGCCACCACCCCCCGUACACGCUAUCAACAGAGGUAUCUUCACAGAGGGGGUAUGCUGCAUCAUCGCAGGACUGCUGGGAACUGGUAAUGGAUCCACCUCUUCCAGCCCCAACAUAGGUGUGCUGGGGAUUACCAAGGUGGGCAGCAGGAGGGUGGUCCAGUAUGGGGCAGUCAUCAUGUUCCUCCUGGGCACCGUGGGCAAGUUCACGGCUCUCUUUGCCUCCCUGCCCGACCCCAUCCUGGGGGGCAUGUUCUGCACUCUGUUUGGUAUGAUCACGGCAGUGGGACUGUCCAACCUGCAGAGUGUGGAUCUUAACUCCUCCAGGAACCUCUUCGUUCUCGGCUUCUCCUUGUUUUUUGGCCUCAUGCUUCCCAACUACCUGGACACACACCCUGGCAGCAUCCAGACAGGAGUGUCAGAGCUGGAUCAGAUUCUAACCGUGCUUCUGACCACGGAGAUGUUCGUAGGUGGCUUUCUGGCCUUCGCUCUCGACAACACCAUCCCCGGCACGAGGAAGGAGCGUGGCCUGUUGGACUGGAAGGCAACGGUUGCCUCAGAGGGCUCCUCUGCCAGCCGGGGCACCUACGACUUUCCCGUGGGGAUGGGCUGUGUCCGCAAGACUGGCUGGCUACGCUACCUGCCUAUCUGCCCCAGCUUCCAGGGCUGGGGGGACCGAGGCGGCCACAGGUCCAGCCUCCAAGAGGAGGUCGGCAAGGGGACUGGUGGGAUUGCGGAGGGGGCAGCAGCAAACACAGACACCUCAGCUAGUCUGACAUGCACUAAGGUGUAGCUAGGUAGCGUGUUAGCCUGUUAAC